UGCAUGACGUCACACUCUUGUCGGACAACUGAGGGAAUUAGUGAAGACGCUGAAGAGGUUGCCGUGUUCGAUUCAGAAUGCCUUGGUUUUAAAAAUGUGUUUCGGAAUUAUAGCACGGGAAGCACAAUCGUUUUAAACGAGUCCAGUACACCCACAUAAAGGGGUUAUAAUGGACCAAAAAGUUACGCUGUAUUAAUCACAUUUUUACGUUAGAGAAAUCCGCUACGUUCGCCAUGUCUUCCCCGAGCGCCAUUCGAGAUAAGCUGCGAAAGCAGCGGAGAUCCUUACAAGAAACCCUGGGGAAACUCAAACGUGAGGGCGACGACGAGCAGGCUCUGUUUCCGUCCUCCAGGCUGAGUGAAGAGUCGCUACAGACAACAAUGAGGGAUGCCGAAAGCAGCGAGAAAGACCCCGGAGAAACCCUGAAGCAAAAGUUACGGGCCCAGAGACAGAUGAGAAGGAAAAGGCUAUUGGAGCAGAUUUCCACCGAGGAGUCCCCCGUUGAUGACGUGGAGGAGCUUGCCAGCGCUCGGCAUCUCGGUGAAGAUGAAGGAUCUUCAAAGAGGACUACAGACCUUCAGGGAACGACCCCGAAGAGUCGCGCCUCGCAGCAGUUUGACCGCUUUGUCACGCGCCGUUUGGAGGAGAAGCUGAGAGCGGCCAGGUCGCAAGGCGAGAGCCUCCAGCGUCAGGAGGCGUCGGAGGUCGACGCCAAUCGCCUGCGCGGACUCCGGGACAGAACGACGGUCGCGAGGUCUGAUAGAGAGGCGGAUUCGGAGGCCGAUUCCAGAGCUCAGACUGUUCCUCAGGCCGCCAGUUCGCGGGUGAAGUUCCAGGAGAGCACCAAAUGCGUGGAAAAGGAGCGGCCAACCACAGAGGAGGCGUACAACUUCUUCACGCUCCACUUUGAGCCAGAGCCCGAGCCGGAGGAGAGCAGGAGCGCAAAGAGUCGGAAGCAGAGGAAAACGGGCGAGGAUGGCGACCAAGAGCCGGAAGAGGCUGAGGAACACAGCCCCGAACAAAGCCAAGACCGUAACGAGGAAGAGCCGCUCAUGCGAGACGAGGACGGCAACGUCUUCGUCAUCGAGCAAACGGCCAAGGAUUUUGUGGAAGUGAAGAGCGCGGAGUACAUCGGCCUGCGGGCUCUCGCCCUGCGCCACCGCGCGCUCGUCUACACGCCGAGCUCUCAAACGGUGCCAAUCUCAGUGAAACUCCCCGAGAACGUGAGGCCUCGCUAUCUGGAGGAGGAGGGUCUUUACGUGGGCGAGCGGCCUACCGUGACGUCCACCAACGAGAACCUUCUGGAGAACCGCAUUUUGAAAAUGGAGGAGGGAGCCAAAUGGUUCGGCGAUGACGGCAGGAUCAUCGCUCUGCCAGAUCCCAUCAAGGAAUCCUCUACCAGGCCGCCGCUCUUCCACAUGGAGGACGACCUGGACCCCGCCCUGCAAACCGUGUACAGGAAGCCGCUCAAUUCCAAGCACGUCCAACAGCACAGCACCGACGCGGCGGACUGCGUCGCCGAGGGACGCUACCAGCUGGACGUGGACGUGUCGGGACUCAUCUUCGCCCAUCACCCGCUCUUCAGUCGCGAGCACGUGCUGGCGUCGCGUCUGGCUCAGCUGUUCGACCAGUACCUCAGUCGACAGCGCAACAACCUCGCGGAGCACCUCACGGACAAGUUGAACGGCUUGAGGAACACCAUGAGGAACAUGCUGGAGAUCCACAGCGAGCUGAGCCUUUCCCAGGCCAUGCAGCAGAGGAUCGUAGAGUACAGCGUGGAGGUCAAGAACACGCGUCUACUGCGGGACGGUGAGCAGGAGAAGGACAGGAUGCUGCUGAAGAGCUUGAUCAAAGUCUGGAAGGAGCUCAAGGCCCUCAGAGAGUUUCAGAAGUUCGCCAACACGCCUUACAAGCUCUAUCUGAGACGGGAGAACGUGGACCGCCAAUCGGACGAGCGCCAGUACGAGAGCGACAUUUUGUCCGAGGUGUGGGAGCUCGAGGCCGAAGGCGAGGUGGAAUACCAGAGCAAGCUGGCCGAGUACAAGAAGCAGCUUGACGAGUGGAAGGCCUGGAAGAGGAAACAGAAAUCCAAGAAGAAGAAGAAGCGAAAGAAGAAGAAAGGACAAACUCCGGAUGAAACAGAAGAGGAAGACCAGGAGGUGAGCGAAUCCGAGGGGGCCGACGAAGAAGGGCCACCCAAGCCGGAGCACCCGGAAAAGCUGGACUUUGAGGUCAUCGAGCAGCAGGUCCGCGAGAAAGCGUCCAGAAUACGCCGCAAGCCGGGCGAGGCCAAUUUGAUUCCGGAGUUGACUGCUUCUGGAAAGAUCUCUGAGGCGGAGCUCUGCCCCAGAGGCGAAUUGGCUCGACGAGAGGACGUUGCCAGACGCUCGGUUUUCAUCAAGAUUCUGUACAACGAUAAGGAGGUGUCGCAGACCAACAGCCGCGUGCUCACUUCUGACUUCAGAGUGCACUUUGGGGAGAUUUUCAACCUGAAGAUCGUCAACUGCCCCCGUAGCAUUACCUUACAGAUCUUCGAGGAGGUGGGAUCGUCGUGCUUGCUCCUAGCACAAGUCUACGUGCCUGUGCCACAUUCCUCGGUGUUGCCGGCCAAUGCCUCCAUCGAGGAGUUUGAGUUCAGCAGCAACCAGAGGGUGAUGUUUGACCACGAGGGCGUGGGCAGUGAUGUUCCCCUUUCCUUCACGGCCGAGGGCAGUGACAACGUGAUCCUUCUGACCUCUGGCAAGGUGUCGUGCUGCGUUUCAUGGGGCGUGGACGAGGACGACGUGCCACUCGCGCCUCCCAUGUCUCAGCAUCCCAGCGUCCUUCACGGCGGCGUGGGUCCUGUUGACGCCAUCUCCCACAUCGGCUCAUCCGGCGAUGCGAAAAAAAUCAGCGAGUGGGCCAUGCAGUCUCGACUGGACCCCAACGAUCCCAAAAAUGCCUCCAUUAUGCAGCUGCUUAAAGUGGCCAGCAGCGGCGAGGUGACGGCCCCUGACUACUUCCGUCUGGAACAGCUGCAGGAGGAGUUCAACUUUGCCAGCGACGACGAAUUGGCGCAGUCACGGCGCUUCCGCCUGCUUGCGCUCCGGAACCAGGAGGUGCCAGAGUUUCGCAACUACAAGUGCGUCCCCUCUCGCGAGAGAGAGGUCACCGAUAAAGUGUUUCAGGACUACGAAAAGAGGCUGAAGGAAGGCGAGAUCAUCGACACCAAAGAACAUCUCGAUUCCCAUCGAGCCUUGGUUGCCAAGUACCUACAGAAGAUUCGCGAGGCGGUAAUCCACAGGUUCCUCCUGGCCAGCCAUCACUUCCUGCUGUCCGACAUGGUCAUCGAGGAGGAGAUGCCGUGUUUUGGCGGUGCCGGUCCAGGGAUUUUGGGCCUCAACCUCUUCCACUUGGCUGAGCCCAAGCGUCCUCUGAAGCCUCAGAGGAAGGAGAGGAAGAAGGUGACGGCUCAAAACCUGUCCGACGGAGACAUCAAGCUGCUGGUCAACGUCCUGCGGGCGUACGACAUCCCCGUGCGCCGCUCGCAGAGCAGUAAAGCAGGACAGUUGCCACAGGGUGCCCUCCAGGCCAGUGACUGGCUCAUCAGCCAGGUCCAGGUGAGGCCCUUUGUGGAGGUCUCCUUCCAGCGCAACGUCUUCCAAACGACUACGGCCGAUGGGCCCAACCCCUGCUGGAACGAGGAGCUGCAGCUGCCUUUUCGCGCGCCAAACGGGGACUAUAGCAUCGCUAGCUUGCAGUCGGUCAAGGAUGACGUCUUCAUUAACAUAUUUGAUGAGGUGGUUCGUGACAUCGGCAUGAGCGACAAAGACAAAGACAAAGGCAAAACGGUGCACACUCGGGUGGAGAAGCACUGGCUGGGCUCCGUCAAGAUUCCCUUCAGCACCAUCUAUGCGCAGUCCAGGAUCGACGGCACGUUCAAGGUGAACACGCCGGCCGUGCUGCUGGGCUACAGCAAGGAGCGCAGCAGCGGCAACACGGGCGCCUACGAAGCCAUGCAGAGCCUGUGCCAGGGAGCCUUCAUCACACUCUUCAUCACCAUCGAGCCUCAGCUGCUGCCCGGCGAAUCCAUCAGGGAGAAGAUAAAGCAACUCAAGUUUGACAGCCAAGAGGACGAGCGUCUGCUGCAGGCCGCCGAGCGCUUCGAGCGCGUGGCGGCCGCCGAGUUCCCCGGCCGGCCGUGCACCACCACCGUGGUGGACCUCAACGGCAAGACGGUCUUCAUCACGCGCUACAUACGACCGCUCAACCCGCCGCAGGAAUUGUUGGCCGAAGAACCUCAGGAGGCCACGGCCCAGGUGGCACGCUUUGUGUCGCUCAUUCCGUCUCUACCGGACAGAGUGUCCUUCGCUGGCAUCUGUGACCUGUGGAGCACCUGUGAUCAAUUCCUGACGUUGCUGGCUGGAGAUGAAGAGGAACACGCCGUGUUGUUGUGCAACUACUUCCUGUUCCUGGGCAAGAAGGCCUGGCUUGUUAUUGGCACUGCCAUACCGGAGGGCUCCAGCGCCUACGUGCUGACGCUGGAACAGGGCCGCUACCUGAUCUGGAACCCCGGCAGCGGGCAAUACUACGGACAAUACGACACCUUCUGCCCCCUGCAGGCUGUCGGCUGCCUGGUCAAUGCCGACAACGUGUGGUUCAACAUUCAAGAGCACACGUCCCCCAUGAGGAUAAGCUUCGACGUGAGCCGAGCCAAUGGCUGGAGGCCCUUUUUUACACGCUCCUUCGCCCAUCCCGGACUCUCCAGCGUGCAGCCAGAAGAGCUGGUAUACCGACACUCGGACAAAGCAACCGCAGUCGAACUUCAAGAGAGGCUGGAGAAGCUGCUGCGCGACAAGCUGAUGCAAUGGCGCCCCCACCGCCCCACCCGCUGGAACCGCUACUGCACCAGCGCCCUCAAGCAAUUCCUGCCCAGUCUGGAGCAGGGCGCCAGCGGCCCAGGCGGCAACGCCGGACGCGAUCUGGCGGAGGGUCACCGCCACGAGCUGCAGAACCUGCUGGGUGACAACCGGAUUUCGGGGUUCCCGCUGCACAUGGCUUUCUCGGAAAUGGGCCCCGUGGUGGAGGCGGUGCACAGCACGGGGGUGCACACCAUUCAGACAGCCAACGUGGAAUUCGCCUUGGCCGUCUACGUCCACCCUUACCCCAACAACGUACUCUCUGUCUGGGUGUACCUCGCUUCUCUUGUGCGUGCCUGACGCGCACACAAACCAGUAAGACAUUUUUGUACAGGCAAGUGUCAGCAUCCGUGGCUGACUCGGCGUGUCUUGAGUGACGCUCCACCUCGGUUCAACAAUGUGAAAUAUUACAACUUUUUUAGGUUAAAAUCUAUUUUUAAUACGUCAGACUGCAAAAUACGAAAUAGAACCGCCUCUUUCCACCAAUUACAACUUCACUUUUGUAUCAUGAGGUGAAAAUCGCACAAAAAGCUGAUUUUCGAUAAAUGCCACUAGAGGUCAGCAUUUCUCUCUUCGUGUGAGGGUCAAAUCUCACCUUGGAUGACGUCACCGUGCCCAAAAGAGCUGAAAUGAAUUCAGCUCCACUUUUCUUAACUCGCGCCAUCGCGUUAUGCUGAGUAUUGCCGAGUUAAGUUUCCAGCUUGUGGACUUCACCAGUAAAAUUGACCUUCUUGACAAGUAAAAUUCUACCAAUGCAAAGUGUUUUACCGAAGAAAAAAAAAAUACUGAUUCAGAUUGUUUUUAUGAAGGAUCACCUGAAUAUAUUAACUUUCUAACUGCCAUAUAAACAUGUUGAUAUAUGUUUGAUAUACAAGCAUCUUCUGCAUAGCCUGUAAACAUACAACUAUAACAUUUCACGGUUCUUUUUUUUUUUUUGUCAUCGGGUAACUUUUAUUUCUCUUAUCAAAUGACAACCUUACUCACUGCUGUUCCUUUUCAAUGAGUGACAGUGUUUCUAAUCUGCUCCGGAACCCUUUUGUCGGGGGGAGUCAAAAUAAAAAAAACA